AUGUCUGCUAACCGAUUCCUCAUCUGGGGCGGCGAGGGCUGGGUUGCCGGCCACCUCAAGACCCUCCUCGAGUCCCAGGGCAAGGAGGUCCACAGCACCACCAUCCGCAUGGAGAACCGCGAGGCCGUCCUCGCCGAGCUCGACCGUGUCAAGCCCACCCACGUCCUCAACGCCGCCGGCUGCACCGGCCGCCCCAACGUCGACUGGUGCGAGGACAACAAGGAGGCCACCAUUCGCUCCAACGUCAUUGGCACCAUCAACCUCUCGGACGCCUGCUUCCUCCGCGGCAUCCACUGCACCGUCUUCGCCACCGGCUGCAUCUACCAGUACGAUGACGAGCACCCCAUUGGCGGCAAGGGCUUCCUCGAGACCGACAGCGCCAACUUUGAUGGCAGCUUCUACUCGGAGACCAAGGCUUACGUCGAGGCCAUUAUCAAGAACUAUAGCAACACCUUGAUCCUCCGACUCCGUAUGCCCGUCUCUGACGACCUCCACUCUCGCAACUUCGUUACCAAGAUUUCCAAGUACGAGCGUGUCGUUGACAUUCCCAACUCCAACACCAUCCUCACCGAUCUCCUCCCCGCCUCCAUCCUCCUCGCCGAGCACGGUGAGAUUGGUGUCUACAACUUCACCAACCCCGGUGCCAUCUCCCACAACGAGGUCCUCACCCUCUUCCGUGACAUUGUCCGCCCCGAGUUCAAGUGGGCCAACUUCACCCUCGAGGAGCAGUCCAAGGUCAUCAAGGCCGGCCGCAGCAACUGCAAGCUCGACACCACCAAGCUCACCACCAAGCUCAAGGAGUAUAACUACGAGGUCCCCGAGAUCCACGAGGCCUACAGGAAGUGCUUUGAGCGCAUGAAGGCCAGCGGCGUCAACUAA